UAAGUAAGUACCUAUUCUUCAUCUCUUCGAGGCGCCCAAGUCUUGUUCGUUCGACAACAGAAACAUCAAAUCAGCACAAUGUCUUCUAGAUUCAGCGCUGCUCGCCCAAAACGCGCCGGCGAGGACUAUGCUCGUGCCCACCACAACGCCAAUGCGGAGCCUGAUUCAAAGAAGGUCAAAUUCGACGUGCGCAAUCCAUCUGCCCUUGCUCCAGAUGCUGAAGAGGAAGACGAUGCGCACGAUGCUUUUCUGGAAGCAGAUUUAGACGUCAUUCGCGGCACUGCGGCGACAAAACGAGGAGCUGUGAAUAUUGAUGGCUACGAUUCAGACUCGGACCGCGAGGAGCUAGGCCAGAGGAGUACUGGCAAAUCCAAACCCAAGGAUGACGCAGACAUGGACGACAUGUUCGCCGAGGCGGAUGACGAUGCGAAAGACGACACAGUUGACGAUACCACAGGAAAGAAGAGCAAGGAAGUCAGAUUUCUAGACGUAGAUCAGAUUGAAGGUCAGGAUUUGAGGUCAAAGAGUGGAGGUCAUGUCCGGCUGGACAACGAAUCUUCUGAUGACGAUGAUGAAGAGACGAUUCAACUGGCUAUACAAGAAGAAGAUGUGGAUGAGGAGAUCGGUGCUGGCGGUCUGAAGAAGCAUGCGCCCAAGGUUGAAGCCUUCAAUCUCAAAGCCGAGGAAGAGGAAGGGCGCUUCGAUGAGGCUGGAAACUUCGUCCGCAAAGCAAUAGAUCGCGAUGCUCAACAUGACCGCUGGCUCGAAGGUCUCAGCAAGAGGGACAUGAAGAAAGCAGCCGAGGCGCAUGAGAAGCGCGAGGCUGAAAUGCGACAAAAGAGGAGAGAGGAGGACGACUUGCUGACGUCAGAUCUCUUGAAAGCAUUGGCAUUGAGGUUAGAGCGAGGCGAAACCGCCCUGGAAGCUCUAGCCAGACUUGGCAAGAACCAGACGAAACCGAAGAAGGUCCCUAAGUGGAAGCAAAAGAAACAACAAAAAGAUGCCAUGGAUGUGGAUGCCGAGAAGCCUGAAGAGAGCCCAGAGCAGAUUCGCAUCAAAGAGGCCAUCGAUGCCAUAACAGAUUCCGCAGACAAGUUACUGGGAAGAGACCGGCCAGACAUAUACGAUCGGGUGCGAGAGCGUCUCGUGCGAGAAUGGACCCGGGAAACACAGGAGCCCUGGAAAGAGCCAACACCAGAAGCUGAGAACAAUGCAGCUGCGAAGAUGUGGGAGUACAGGUGGACGGAUGGAAGAGAUGACGCUGAUAAGCAAGGUCCUUACGAUGGUCCAACUAUGAAAGCCUGGCAAGAUGCUGGCUAUUUCGGGGAGGGCAUUGAGUUCAGAGCUGUCGGUGAUGAUAGCUGGAGUCGGAUUGCCAGCUUUAUAUGAUUUACGAAGGACUUGAUAUACCCUCGAAUACGGAAUGCGAACACAACUAGAUCUCAGCGA